AUGGACCAGCUGCACGAGACAUUGAUCAACAUGGAAGAUGCUCUGGCUUCGGAACACCCCGCCUGCUUGUCGGCCUGGGACUGGAAAAGCUCCGCUGGGCCUUUCGAGCUGCACCCCAUCUCGCCCCCGCACAGCCUGUCCCCGACGCCCUCCUUCGAAUCCUACUCCUCGUCCCCGUGCCCGCCGGCGGCCGAGACGCCCUACAGCAGCGGCGGCGGCGGCAGCGGCCUGGCGGGCUACGGCCUGGUGGAGUUCCCCGCCGCCUACCUGCCCAGCCCCGGGCAGGCCCGGCUGCCCAAGGGCACCAAGGUGAGGAUGUCGGCCCAGCGGCGCAGGAAGGCCAGCGAGCGGGAGAAGCUGCGCAUGAGGACCUUGGCGGACGCGCUGCACACGCUGCGCAAUUACCUGCCCCCCAUCUACAGCCAGCGCGGCCAGCCCCUCACCAAGAUCCAGACCCUGAAGUACACCAUCAAGUACAUCGGCGAGCUCACCGAGCUCCUCAACGGCGUCAAGCGGGCGUAG